AUGUCCGAUAUAUCAGACGCAAGUGCCAAGUAUUUUGCGAGAUCUAUUAUUCCACUCUAUCAUAAUGCCUGCGUCAUAAUUGGAGUCAAUCCUAGUGACUACAGUUACACAGUAUCGAAGGAUCUUCUCUGCAGAGAAUCUAAAUAUUUCUCAGCAAUGUUCGAGGGGAGAUUUAAAGAGGGACAGCAGCAGACAACAACUUUGGAAGAAGUCGAAGGAGUUGUUUCGGUACAAAGCCUUGAGGCUUUCUUACAAUGGCUUUACCUCGGCAGAAUCAAAUUCGAUUUAGAUAAACCCGAGCACCAUAUCGCAGCUGCAAUAGAGCUGGCGCGGUUUGCAGAUAUGUGCGAUACAGCUGGGAUGGAAUCUCAAAUCUGUCGGUAUAUAAAGGAUAUUCUGAUCGCUAACCCAUGUCCUGAAUAUGUGGGUGGGGUGGCUGUCCACACCUAUUGCCUCACAUCUCAGCAUAUCAUUUCGGCGACUUUCUUACCUCAGGGGCACGCAAUCCGUCGCAUUCUAGCUGCAGCAACAGCGGAUGGAUACCUUCUCUGUGAAAAUCACAAAUUUGCCAAGGAGGCUAGAGAAUAUCCCACCUAUGGAGUUGACCUUCUCCAAGAAGUCGGCUUGGUUUUAAAGGGGCUGAAGUUUGAACAGUAUAAAGCCACUCAUGAGGAUCCUCUGACCGGCAACAAACGCAACAUCUACAGAUUUCGUUCAUCUUAA